CGCGCUCCAGCUGCAGUCAUGUGACCGGUCUGACCUCUCACCUCGGAUCCUGCACUGCUCCCAGUCGGGAAAGUACGGCGCCGUCUCCGCGCCAACUUUUACCCGAAAGCAGGAAGGAGAGGUGAUGUACAUGUACUGAAGUGUCACUUCCAGUUUGGAAAUAACGUUCUAAAAUGACUACCCUGCUUGUAUCUCAUGUCUCUGAAGUGAAGUUCCCCGUGGUUCAGAGACGGUGUGCUAUACCUGCUGAAAAAGAUCCUAAGAUAUUGAUGGUGCAUAUCUGAGUCUGCUGAAUUGAGGUCUGCAAUAUCCAGGAUGGAAUACCAUAACAUCCAUUGAAGAGCAGUUCCAAUGUCAUAAAUGUGGUGUUGUUCCCUGCCCGCCAAGGAAGUCACCACAUACUUGUGGUGAUGAUGCAUGUUGUUUCUACUAAAGAAGUAUUGAGAAUGAUGUGCUAUCAAAGCUGAGCUUGUUGUACAAGACACAUUUAAAACAUUUCAGAAUGAACUUGAAAUUAAAUCGUGCUGUAACACCAUCAUUUAAGGACCUGUUUUUGUCAUUGCAGUAUGAAAUUUUCACCUUCAACUCAAGAUCUGGUUAAGUUUUAAACAAAAAAAGUCAUAUUUACAAUGGAGCUGGAAUCCAUUAAAAAGAAUGUGAAUGUAACAGCUUUAAAUGGAGAGGUGAUCUCUUUUAUUUUGUCCAAGGAAAAACAUCCCAGUGGGAAAAAUGUUGCCGUGGUGCAGUUCAGAAGGAUGGUAUUUGAUUCAGAAUCAGGGAAAUUCAUGAAGAAAUUUGCAGGGAAAUACGUCACAAAUCAAAAAAGUUCCUAUUCGCAAAUUAUUGCCUGUAGUUGCACUAUUGAUUCAAGAACAGGACAGAAUUUCCCUUGUAUCCUGCUGAAGAAGCAUAAAAAAGGUUCUAAAUAUGGAUAUAUUUUACUAUUGCUGCAGAAUUCAAAUAAAAUUGAGCAUCAUUUGGACUUUGAACUGGACUAUGAAAUGAAAGAGAAUCUGACCCUGUUGACUGGGCCUAGUGUUUACUGGAGUUGUGGCAAUCAAGUUUUACAUAUAUCUCUUCAAACAAAUGGUAUUUUAAGCAUUCCAAUUUCAUUUACUGCAGUUACAUGGAUUGGAGAGAUUUCUGAUGGAGAUGUUAUUCUACUGUGUGCAAGGAAAAUGGCUGGACGUGCAAAAAUUGAUGAAGCUGCACUUUCUAAAGCUGAUAAACAGAUCUGGGGUAGUGAAUUUAUUACGUAUUCCAUAAAAAAGAAAACUUUGUGCAACCACCAUUUCAUCCCAAAUGCUUACAGCACAGUAGUUACACAUAUACUAAUUUGCCCUUUUGAUGACACAGACAAUCAGUUAAAGACCACAAUUACAGCAAUCACAUGCAGAAAUCAACUGGUUAUGUUUGAAAAUUGUGUCCCUAAGAACGUCUGCCAGCUUCCUUUUGAAGAUGCCUGCGAAAUAAAAAUGGCCACAACUGGCAGAGAGAAUCAUCUUUUCCUUGUAUCUUCGAGAAGUGGAAGUGUUUGUGCUGUCACAAAGGAAAGUUGGGAGGUUGUUGCUGUUUGGCAAGACAUAUGGUCACUACAGGUGGAUGAUUUCUUAGGUGUAGGGACAGAGCAAAUUUUAUUGUUCUCUAGGGGAGCUUCCACUAUUGAAGACUGUCUGAAAGAUUUUAUACUGACUGAUCUUGGCGAAUUUAGCUACAGAGUUAACUCUGGGCUUGCUGAAGACAAAGGAAUACAGAUUAAUAACACAGCACAUGUGAAUUACCACCACACGGUUCAAGCCCUGGAGGCAAGACUGCAGUCAGGCUUGGCAUCUCUUAAGGAGCUGAAGCACCUGCUAAGAGCCAAAGAAAGAGUUUUACUUCAGUCUUCCAAGGCUUUAAUAAAUCUUAUUGAGGGAAAGCAGUUCCCAUUACCCAGUGCUGAAGAGGAAGGCUUGGUUUCUCUUUGGCAUGAGGAGGAUUCUGACCUACAGCUCUCCACUGAAGAGACUUGCUCUGCCAAUCAGGCAUUAAAUCAUCCAGUACAGAAAAUCUGGCAGCGUAUAGUGGAUGGCAGCUGGAUAGUAGGAACACAAAUAUCUGAAUCCACCACAUUAAUAUUUGACUCGGUGAGUUUGUCGCUAGUCAUGGAUCCUGACCCCCUAAAUACUGCUCCACUGAUUCACUCUGAAAGUAAAGUACUGAAGCUAAGCAAAUCUGGAGUAUCACCAUCAUUUCCUCAGUAUCCAGUAGAGCCCCCAUUAAAGAAAUCAAGACUGGAUUUGCAAGACAUAAAAGAUUUGAACAGCUGCCAUAAAGAAGACCCAUGUUUUCAGAUUUACAAAGAUCUUACACAGACUAUCACAGUUGUCACAAACCUGUCUCCACUGCUGGUUUUCAAUAAGGUUCACUGUUCUGUGUUACUGCAUGGUAUGAUGAUGGGUUCCAACCAGAAAACUGAAUUAACAAAAAUAGGAAUGAUCUCACCAUGUGGGAAAGUAUCUUUAAACCUGGAGGACAUCUGGAAUGAAAAAUAUACAACAGUUUUAUUGCAGAAUCCUUCACUAUGCACAGAUCAGGCAGUAGAAGAUUUUUAUGCCAUUGUAGCUACCUCCCAAAGAUCAUACUUCAGAAUAUUCUCCCGCGAUUAUACACUGGCUCCAGUGAAAGAUUGGCUUUUGGGUCCAAUGCAAUGUGAGCCUCUGAAAAUCUACCCAGAAUAUUGGCACUGCUUCAAAAUGGGUUUGCUCCUUAACUGGCAUCUACAAAAUCCCUUUAAAGGAAUUUUAACAGUGCUUUGGAGGAAUCAAUCAAUUUUGCUGAUGUUCCUUCGUGGUCUUAUUGGAAUCCUUUCACAGGGUUCUGAAAUAACACACUUGAGUGCUGGAACUGAAGACCAAAUAACAGACAUUUUGGGACGUACUCUUGAACAAGAGACGCUUGCCUUCAGAAACUGCAUUACUUCUGCUAUUGUAGAAGCUGAGAAUGAAUUCACAAUGAGAGCCAAAGCAGAGAAAAAACAGAACAUUUUUCUUAGCACUCCCCUAUUAGACAGUGAGGCAAAGUUACAGGAGUACAGAGAGAAGUUUCAAAUCGAACAAGAGCAAAGUAUUUUGAGAACGAAUCUGUCAAUCACGGUUCCUCAGUACAGAGAAAUAACAAAGAAGUUGACUGACAUGCAGCUGAACACUGAUAGCUCUGCAUGGAGGCUCAGUAGAUUCCAUGCUUCAUUUUCUGUUUAAUAAUUAAUUUCCAUGACUUCAUCAGAGAAGAUAAUUUGGUUGGACACAAAAUGCCUAUUUCUUUGAUCUUUUCUGCUUUUUUCAUCCCUUGAACUGCUACUGUGAAAGGUCUUUGUCCUGGCUCUAAAACAGUCUUUAUGCUCAUGUAGAACUGUGCAUGUUGUGGCCAAUACAACAAGCUUCUCUAUUUAGUUGCUGUUUUGGAAGUGGGGAGAUUGUAUGGGAGGUUGGCAGUUAGGGAAAACAGUAGGGGAAGCCUAAUUGUUAAUAGGUGUUAAAAUACUUUAUCUUUAAAAUUGUAUUUCCAAGUUAGUAUAUUUUGUAGUUCUGUUGGUAUUAUUUGCAUCAAAGGUACAAAUGCUAUAUCAAAAUUAAACUUCAAUUUUGUUUAAGCUUUUUUAUUCUCAAACAUUAUCAAGUGUACGAUUUACAGUAUUGGGUCAGGUUGUGCUGAUCCGGGCAUAUGCCUUGCAGUCACCAUCAGCUUUAACUCCACAAACACAUGUAUUUGCAGCUACACAGUUUCCAAUGUACUGCUAGUGUCACCACUGUGGUCCUUCCAUGAGGUACAGUAGGCUGCAAAUGGUAACUGUGCUUCAGACAGAAUGAACUCAGGUCUUGCCAAUGGAUUGCCUUGACAGGCUUCUGUCAGAAGGCAUCUUCACUCUCUCCAAGGUAAAUAAACUGUGGAAAAGCAAAAUAAGUAAAAAGCUUACCUAAAAUUACCUCUUAAUUGAAGGUUAGCAAUCCCUUUAAAAUGGGUUCAGUACAGAAGUCCAAAAUGCAGUGCCACGUGCUGCAGCAAGUCAGUAGUUGUGGAAUUGUAUGUUCUGGCACUUUGUGUCAAUAUUGCCCUCACCUUUUCUCCCACAAACACUUCGCAGGUACCAACUGGGAACACCUCAGGAGAUUAAAACUUUGUUGAUUAACUUUCCAAUGAUGUAUAUACAGCCCAUGACAUACCAUUUCAAUAGGAACCAGGAGCUGUGAAGGCAGCAAUGAUUUUCUCCAAACUCGUGUUGUCUAAAUGACUGCCAUUCUAUCAAGGAAGUCUGAUUGCCUGCAUUAAUUGGAUUGUUAUAUUAAAAAAACCCUCGAUGUUUCAUAGGCUAACUACAGUCAGGCUUCUGAUAACUCUUUGUGUGUAAUGUUUGUCAUUCACCUUGUGGGAGAAUAUGUUUCAACUGGAUCAAAAGGGGAAGAAAAAGCUCUAUAAGUGAAUCUAGGCAAUGCAUAGCCUCAGGAAGCCCCAGGUUAAGUGCUGAGCUAAUUGUUCCCAGAAGAGACAAUUGUAGGGAAAUGUAAUGCUCUUCUGUGCUUCUGGGACAGCAGUGAGGAAUUCUUAAAGAUUAGGCAACAAUACACCUUGCUGGAAGUUGAUGUGUGAGCAGUGGGUGAGAGUAAUAUUGGGUGGAACUCUUAACAACUUCGAUUUGAAAAGCAGCCCAUUGAAGAUGCUAUUUGUACAAAGUAUUAAUGGUUCAGCACAACUGUAGCAUUGAGGUAUUGAUGGUUUCUGGAAAGGUUAGUGAUAGAGAAGUUCGAUGCUUGUGCACGUCACUAGGUGUGGCUUUGUAUAAACGUAUUCUGGCAAGGCUAGAUUUUUAUCUACAGCUUUGGUAAAUGUGAAAUAAUUGGCCAUCAUACCCCUAGAUGCUGAACCAAAGGGAACAAGGAGACCAAUAGUUGUUGUGCUUUGAGGAAUACCUACAUAAGCUGGGAAUUUUGUGCCUCUUCUUUUCCCCUCACAUGCUACUUCAUAAAUAUGUGUAAAUAAAAUAAACCAGGAAUACUCUUACAUAUCCAGAUAAUAAUUUAAAUGUGAAAGGUUUGAAAUACACUGAGUAAAUUUGGUAUAGAUUGGAUAAUCCUGCAGAGAGCGAUCAAUAGGAAGAAUAAAUGUCCUGAAACAAUGUUUGGGAUGUAGAAUAUUUAAGGAUCAGCUGGAUGCUGUACUCAGAACUGUAAGGUUAAUUGGUAGGAUGAAACUAAAUGGGCCAAUGUUCCUUAGUGAACAGAAUCUAUCAAUGCUGCUGCUGAGAGUUUCUAUUCUAAAGCCUUCAUGUUGGCAAUCAGAUGAUUCGUGCCAGUUGCUGCCACUCCUCCUAUGGCUGGGCAUGUGAGAAUAUUAUUGGUGUUGCGUAUUCAAUGGCAAUGCAAUGGAUACAAUUGUUAUCCUGGGAAAUUAAAUGUGUAGAAAAUGUCAGUGUGUACAGAAUGCUUGACUCUUCCAAAUACACCAGACCCUACUCUGUUGUCAAAUUCAAUGAAACAAUUAUCUCAAUAAGGUGAUGAAUUCCACCAGACACUUCCUGAAAGGAAAACCACCUAAGUCUAUAUUGCCUUGCAAAACAAAAUGGAGCAGAGUUGAUCUGUAGUAGCUGGCUGGUCAACAGCCACCAUCACCCUAAUCCUUCCUCAUAGUAUACUCUGUUCUUUCUCAUUCUCUGCUGUAUCUAUAAUGUAAUGUAGAAUGCUGAACUCUCCUGGGUACAGAUACAGGGCUCAGUUGUAUAAUGUACUUUAGAAGCGGCUGGGUUCCCCAUACUUGGUGAAAAGAGCAGGUAGUUGAUCCAGAAACUGGAAGUCCCCUGAAAUGGAGGAACAAGAUUCCAAUAUUUUUUUAAAAAAGCUUUCUCAGA